AUGGGUAUAGAGGAAAUUGAAAAACUCCUUCGAACCAUGGACUUGAUAGACGAAAAGGAAAAAACAAAAGAUAUAUUUUAUUGUCAAGCCGGAAAGGAACAAGAGGAAGACAAAAUAGAAAAUAAGGAAAUAAACUAUAUACAAGACAAUAAAAGGUAUAAUAGUAAUAAUAAUAAUAACAGAGUUCAGGAACGCUACAGUGACAAUUAUUAUCCCCACCAAACGAGAUUCGAUAACAGAUUUACUAGAUAUAAUAAUUAUGACAACUCGAGUUAUGGAAGAUAUAAUAACGUUAAUCCGCGGUACAAAUAUGAUAACGAUAACAAAUAUUAUAAUAAUGAUAACAAAUAUAAUAAUAAUGACAACAAAUAUAAUAACAAUGAUAACUACCGACAUAAAAAUUGGUACGACAACAAUAAUUAUUAUCAUAAAAAUAAGUAUCAAUAUUCUUACGAUAAGACAAGGGGAAAUUACAACACCAACAAUAAUAACUUUAAAUACAACGACAAUCAAUAUUACAGUCAGACAAAAAAAACUUGCUUCAAAUGCGGUAGCGAUAAACAUCUGAUUAAAUAUUGCGAUCAAAGAGACAAAGAGGAAGAUAUAUCGUAUAUAUACUCGAUGGAUAUCAAAUCUUGUAAAGAAAAAUUCAAAAUCAAUUUAAAUAUAGAAGGUAAGAAAACAAACAUGAUCCUAGAUACAGGAGCAUCAGUAUCAAUCAUUUCAUUAAAGACAUGGAAUAAAAUCAACUCCAAUAAAACAAUUCAUGAUUCGGACACAAAAUUAAAGACGUACGAAGGUAACGAAAUCGCCAUCAUAGGCAGCGUGGACGUAAAAGUUCAAAUAAAAGAAACCAUAAAAUAUCUACCCUUAAUAAUAGUGAAAGCUGAUGGACCCUCAUUGGUAGGUAUAAACUGGAUAAAGGAAUUCAGAGAAUUGGUAUGGAAAGAAUCAAUAUUAGCAGGAACAGAAAACACAUACGAUAAUAAUAACAAAAUAUAUUAUGUGGAACAAGAAUUAAAAGCCCUAACGGAGAAGUACGUAACAAUAUUCGAUAAACGGGAAAAAGCACCCCACUCAAAAAAAUUACCAGAUUUUAUGCCUUGUCAUAUGACUUCCAUUAACGAUUCUGUAAAUUCUUACAGUUUAGCACUUGUAUCAAGUAUCGAGAAAAAAGAGCAAGUCCCGUCAAAACGAAAGAUAUGUUCUAAGUAUUUAUUAAAGGAUAAAUUAUACGUUAAAACCACUAAAAUUUUACAUAAGUGUAAUAAAAUUGAUGGAAAAUAUUUACCCAAAAUCAAAAAAUACAAAUUCGAUAUAUGUAAAUUAAAAAUAUUUCAAUAUAACAUCUGGGACGACGAUGUAUCAGCAUCUCAGAUAAAAUUAGGAGAAAUCGGCAACAAAAAGAUUAAGAGACUCACGAUCAGAAUAAUUCAACAAAUAGAGCUACCGAAGAGGGAAAAAUAUACGAAUUCCAACAAGACUAAACUCACAUCCAAGAUCAACAACUUCGACUUCGGAAGGGGAAGGAAAUGGAAGCAGGAUACGAAAAUAAAAAAGAUACUAAACGAAUUCUUAUUAGCUUAUAGAAACACCCAGCAUACGACUACAGGAGAAACCCCAGCACAGAUGAUGUUCGGACAGAAUGCUCGGAAUCAUCUUGAAAUGAUUAAGGAGACCACCCAAGAAAGCCGAUCAAACGAUACACAAACGGAACAGAGAGGUCAAUUUAGGAUAGGACAACCGGUGUGGGCCAAAAUGUACAACGACAAGGUAAAAUGGAUAAAAGGAACAAUAGUGGCUCGUGCUGGGAGGUGCAUAUACGUUGUGGAUACCUCCAAGGGCCGAUGGAGAAGACACCAAGAUCAAAUGCGGAAGAGAACAGACAUUCUCUAA